GAAUACCUUUCGUGCAACACCAAGCCAGCGGCGACAAGCAAAAUGGUUCUCGCCGUCGACCUCCUCAACCCCACACCUCAAGCCGAGGCCAAAAAGCACAAGCUCAAGCAACUCGUCCCCGCGCCGCGGAGCUUCUUCAUGGACGUCAAGUGCCCCGGCUGCUUCACCAUCACGACCGUCUUCUCGCACGCCAAUACCGUCGUCGUCUGCCAGGGCUGCUCGCAGGUUCUGUGCCAGCCUACCGGAGGAAAGGCUCGUCUCACAGAGGGUUGCUCAUUCCGGAGAAAGUAGGGGAUUGCUGGCUGAGGAGCGAAGGAGAUAACAUGGCAUGAAUGGGUACAUACAGGAAAUGAAAUUCUAGUUGGACCCUUCCACCUGAGUGCCAGUCACUGCAUUAUCUAGGAAACAGGCCACACGCCCGGGCUCGAU